UGGCAGUGCCCAGGCUCACCUCGCCAGCAUGGCCCUGCUCGUCCACCUCAAGACAGUCUCGGAGCUGCGGGGCAGGGGUGACCGGAUCGCCAAAGUGACUUUCCGAGGGCAGUCCUUCCACUCCCGGGUCCUGGAGAACUGUGAGGACGUGGCUGACUUCGAUGAGACAUUCCGAUGGCCCGUGGCCAGCAACAUUGACAAAAAUGAGAUGCUCGAGAUUCAGAUCUUCAACUACAGCAAAGUCUUCAGCAACAAGCUGGUCGGGACCUUCCGCAUGGUGCUGCAGAAGGUGGUGGAGGACAACCAUGUGGAGGUGACUGACACCCUGAUUGAUGACAACAAUGCAAUCAUCAAGACCAGCCUGUGCGUGGAGGUCCGUUAUCAGACCACAGAUGGCACGGUGGGCUCCUGGGACGACGGGGACUUCCUGGGGGAUGAGUCUCUUCAGGAAGAAGAGAAGGACAGCCAGGAGACAGACGGGCUCCUCCCUGGCUCCCGUCCCAGUUCCCGGCCACCGGGCGAGAAGAGUUUCCGGAGCAAAGGCAGAGAGAAGACCAAGGGAGGCAGAGAUGGCGAGCACAAAGCCGGGAGGAGCGUCUUCUCCGCCAUGAAGCUCGGCAAGAACCGGCCCCACAAGGAGGAGACGCAGAGACCAGAUGAACCCGCAGUGCUGGAGAUGGAGGACUUGGACCACCUGACCAUGCGGCUGGGGGAUGGCCUGGAUCCCGACUCGGUGUCUCUAGCCUCCGUCACCGCUCUCACCACCAAUGUCUCCAACAAGCGAUCUAAGCCAGACAUUAAGAUGGAGCCAAGUGCCGGGCGGCCCAUGGAUUACCAGGUCAGCAUCACGGUGAUUGAGGCUCGGCAGCUGGUGGGCUUGAACAUGGACCCCGUGGUGUGCGUGGAGGUGGGCGACGACAAGAAGUACACGUCCAUGAAGGAGUCCACGAACUGCCCCUAUUACAAUGAGUACUUUGUCUUCGACUUCCACGUCUCUCCUGACGUCAUGUUCGACAAGAUCAUCAGGAUCUCGGUGAUUCACUCCAAGAACCUGCUACGCAGCGGCACCCUGGUGGGCUCCUUCAAAAUGGAUGUGGGAACCGUGUACUCCCAGCCUGAGCACCAGUUCCAUCACAAGUGGGCCAUCCUGUCUGACCCCGACGACAUCUCUGCCGGGCUGAAGGGCUAUGUAAAGUGCGACGUCGCUGUGGUGGGCAAGGGGGACAACAUCAAGACACCACACAAGGCAAAUGAGACAGACGAGGAUGACAUUGAGGGGAACUUGCUGCUCCCUGAGGGGGUCCCCCCAGAACGCCAGUGGGCCCGGUUCUAUGUGAAAAUUUACCGAGCAGAGGGGCUGCCCCGUAUGAACACAAGCCUCAUGGCCAACGUGAAGAAGGCUUUCAUUGGCGAAAACAAGGACCUCGUGGACCCCUAUGUGCAAGUCUUCUUUGCCGGCCAGAAGGGCAAGACGUCGGUGCAGAAAAGCAGCUACGAGCCACUGUGGAAUGAGCAGGUUGUCUUUACAGACCUCUUUCCCCCACUCUGCAAACGCAUGAAGGUGCAGAUUCGGGACUCGGACAAGGUCAACGAUGUGGCCAUCGGCACCCACUUCAUCGACCUGCGCAAGAUUUCCAAUGAUGGAGACAAAGGCUUCCUGCCCACGCUGGGCCCAGCCUGGGUGAACAUGUACGGCUCCACCCGCAACUACACGCUGCUGGAUGAGCACCAGGACCUGAACGAGGGCCUGGGGGAGGGCGUGUCCUUCCGUGCCCGCCUCAUGCUGGGCCUGGCAGUAGAGAUCCUGGACACCUCCAAUCCCGAGCUCACCAGCUCCACAGAGGUGCAGGUGGAGCAGGCCACGCCUGUCUCGGAGAGCUGCACAGGGAAAAUAGAAGAAUUCUUUCUGUUCGGAGCCUUCCUGGAGGCCUCGAUGAUCGACCGGAAAAAUGGAGACAAACCAGUCACCUUCGAGGUCACCAUAGGCAACUAUGGGAAUGAAGUGGACGGCAUGUCUCGACCCCAGCGGCCUCGGCCCCGGAAGGAGCCUGGGGACGAAGAGGAAGUGGACCUGAUCCAGAACUCGAGUGACGAGGAGGCUGACGAUGGCGGGGACCUGGCCUCGGUCUCCUCCACCCCUCCCAUGCGGCCCCAGAUCACGGACAGGAACUACUUCCACCUGCCCUACCUGGAGCGCAAGCCCUGCAUCUACAUCAAGAGCUGGUGGCCUGACCAGCGCCGCCGCCUCUACAACGCCAACAUCAUGGAGCACAUCGCAGACAAGCUGGAAGAAGGCCUGAAUGAUGUGCAGGAGAUGAUCAAAACAGAGAAGUCCUACCCGGAGCGUCGCCUGCGGGGCGUCCUGGAGGAGCUCAGCUGUGGCUGCUACCGCUUCCUCUCCCUGGCUGACAAGGACCAGGGCCACUCGUCCCGCACCAGGCUAGACCGGGAGCGCCUCAAGUCCUGCAUGAGGGAGCUGGAGAGCAUGGGACAGCAGGCCAAGGCCCUGCGCGCACAGGUGAAGCGGCACACGGUGCGCGACAAGCUGAGGCUGUGUCAGAACUUCCUGCAGAAGCUGCGUUUCCUGGCGGACGAGCCUCAGCACAGCAUCCCCGACAUCUUCAUCUGGAUGAUGAGCAACAACAAGCGCAUCGCCUACGCCCGGGUGCCCUCCAAGGACCUGCUCUUCUCCAUCGUGGAGGAAGAGACCGGCAAGGACUGCGCCAAGGUCAAGACGCUCUUCCGCCAGGGGGCGAGACUGCCUGGGAAGCGGGGCUUCGGCUCAGCGGGCUGGACAGUGCAGGCCAAGCUGGAGCUCUACCUAUGGCUGGGCCUCAGCAAGCAGCGGAAGGACUUCCUGUGCGGCCUGCCCUGUGGCUUCGAGGAGGUCAAGGCAGCCCAAGGCCUGGGCCUGCACUCCUUCCCGCCCAUCAGCCUGGUCUACACUAAGAAGCAGGCCUUCCAACUCCGAGCACACAUGUACCAGGCCCGCAGCCUCUUCGCCGCCGACAGCAGCGGCCUCUCCGACCCCUUCGCCCGCGUCUUCUUCAUCAACCAGAGCCAGUGCACAGAGGUGCUGAACGAAACCCUGUGUCCCACCUGGGACCAGAUGCUGGUGUUCGACAACCUAGAGCUUUACGGCGAGGCUCAUGAGCUGCGGGAUGACCCCCCCAUCAUUGUCAUCGAGAUCUACGACCAGGACACCAUGGGCAAAGCCGACUUCAUGGGCCGGACCUUCGCCAAGCCCCUGGUGAAGAUGGCGGAGGAGGCGUACUGCGCACCCCGCUUUCCGCCCCAGCUCGAGUACUACCAGAUCUACCGCGGCAACGCCACAGCUGGAGACCUGCUGGCUGCCUUCGAGCUGCUGCAGAUUGGGCCAGCAGGGAAGGCUGACCUUCCCCCUAUCAAUGGCCCAGUGGACAUGGACCGAGGUCCCAUCAUGCCUGUGCCCGUGGGCAUCCGGCCCGUGCUCAGCAAGUACCGAGUGGAGGUGCUGUUCUGGGGCCUGCGGGACCUGAAGCGGGUGAACCUGGCCCAGGUGGACCGGCCGCGGGUAGACAUCGAGUGUGCAGGGAAGGGCGUACAGUCGUCCUUGAUCCACAACUACAAGAAGAACCCCAACUUCAGCACCCUUGUCAAGUGGUUUGAAGUGGACCUCCCAGAGAAUGAGCUCCUGCACCCGCCCCUCAACAUCCGCGUGGUGGACUGCCGGGCCUUUGGCCGCUACACGUUGGUGGGCUCCCACGCCGUCAGCUCCCUGCGGCGCUUCAUCUACCGGCCCCCAGACCGCUCGGCUGCCAGCUGGAACACCAUGGGUGAGGUCGUGGUGAACAUGGAGCCAGAAGUGCCCGUCAAGAAGCUGGAGACCAUGGUGAAGCUGGACGCGACGUCCGAUGCCGUCAUCAAGGUGGAUGUGGCUGAGGAGGAGAAGGAGAAGAAGAAGAAGAAAAAGAAGGGCACGGCGGAGGAGCCGGACGAGGAGGAGCCGGACGAGAGCAUGCUGGACUGGUGGUCCAAGUACUUCGCCUCCAUCGACACCAUGAAGGAGCAACUCCGACAGCACGAGGCCUCGGGAAUGGACUUGGAGGAGAAGGAGGAGGUGGACAACACUGAGGGCCUGAAGGGGCCGAUGAAGGGCAAGGAGAAGGCAAGGGCUGCAAGGGAGGAGAAGAAAAAGAGAAACCAGAGCCCUGGCGCCAGUCUGGGGUCCGAGGCCCCGGAGAAAAAGAAGCCCAAGAUUGAUGAGCUUAAGGUGUACCCCAAGGAGCUGGAGUCCGAGUUCGACAACUUCGAGGACUGGCUGCACACGUUCAACCUGCUGCGGGGCAAGACCGGCGAUGACGAGGACGGCUCCACCGAGGAGGAGCGCAUCGUGGGCCGGUUCAAGGGUUCCCUCUGCGUAUACAAAGUGCCACUGCCAGAGGACGUGUCCCGGGAAGCCGGCUACGACCCCACCUAUGGAAUGUUCCAGGGCAUCCCAAGCAACGAUCCCAUCAACGUGCUGGUCCGAGUCUAUGUGGUCCGGGCAACGGACCUGCAUCCCGCAGACAUCAACGGCAAAGCGGACCCCUACAUCGCCAUCCGGCUAGGCAAGACCGACAUCCGCGACAAGGAGAACUACAUCUCCAAGCAGCUCAACCCUGUCUUCGGGAAGUCCUUCGACAUCGAGGCCUCCUUCCCCAUGGAAUCCAUGCUGACGGUGGCUGUGUACGACUGGGAUCUCGUGGGCACCGACGACCUCAUUGGGGAAACGAAGAUCGACCUGGAGAACCGCUUCUACAGCAAGCACCGGGCCACCUGCGGCAUCGCCCAGGCCUACUCCACACACGGCUACAACAUCUGGAGGGACCCCAUGAAGCCCAGCCAGAUCCUGACCCGCCUCUGUAAAGAGGGCAAGGUGGACGGCCCUCACUUUGGGCCCCCCGGGAGGGUGAAGGUCUCCAAUCGCGUCUUCACAGGGCCCUCAGAGAUCGAGGACGAGAACGGUCAGAGGAAGCCCACGGACGAGCACGUGGCGCUGUCUGCCCUGAGGCACUGGGAGGACAUCCCGCGAGUGGGCUGCCGCCUGGUGCCAGAACACGUGGAGACAAGGCCCCUCCUCAACCCUGACAAGCCUGGCAUCGAGCAGGGCCGCCUGGAGCUGUGGGUGGACAUGUUCCCCAUGGACAUGCCGGCCCCAGGGACGCCUCUGGACAUCUCGCCCCGGAAGCCCAAGAAGGCACCACCCUCCCCCUUAGGGCUCUGGUCCCCCCCACCCCAGUCCCCCCAGGGCAAGGGCAACAUCUCACAGCAGCCCUGUAUCUGGCCAUCCCUCCUGCUCUCUCUGGGGCCCGUCUACACUUUCCACACAAGCCUGGCCCUGGCCCUGUGCUCGCCUGGGGAGAAGUCCAGUGACAUUUUUGUGCGGGGGUGGCUGAAGGGCCAACAGGAGGACAAGCAGGACACAGACGUCCACUACCACUCCCUCACCGGCGAGGGCAACUUCAACUGGCGCUACCUGUUCCCCUUCGACUACCUGGCAGCCGAGGAGAAGAUCGUCAUCUCCAAGAAGGAGUCCAUGUUCUCCUGGGACGAGACCGAGUACAAGAUCCCCGCCAGGCUCACCCUGCAGAUCUGGGAUGCCGACCACUUCUCUGCCGACGACUUCCUGGGCGCCAUCGAGCUGGACCUGAACCGGUUCCCGCGGGGCGCGAAGACGGCCAAGCAGUGCACCAUGGAGAUGGCCACCGGGGAGGUGGACGUGCCCCUCGUCUCCAUCUUCAAGCAGAAACGCGUCAAAGGCUGGUGGCCCCUCCUGGCCCGCAACGAGAACGACGAGUUUGAGCUCACGGGCAAGGUGGAGGCUGAGUUGCACCUACUGACGGCUGAGGAGGCGGAGAAGAACCCGGUGGGCCUGGCCCGCAACGAGCCUGACCCCUUGGAGAAACCCAACCGGCCCGACACGAGCUUCGUCUGGUUCUUGAACCCUCUCAAGUCCGCCCGCUAUUUCCUGUGGCACACGUACCGCUGGCUGCUCCUCAAACUGCUGCUGCUCCUCCUCCUGCUCCUCCUCCUCGCCCUGUUUCUCUACUCGGUGCCUGGCUACCUGGUCAAGAAGAUCCUUGGGGCCUGAGCCCGCAGCCUCUGGGCGCUGGUACUCCUCCCUGCUUCCUCAGGACCAAGGGCUGGGCCCCCUGUGAUACGCACACUCACACACAUGCAAACACACACAUGUACACAAGCACAUGUGUGCACUCAAGCACAUACACGCACAAGCACAUAGCAAACAUGCACAUGAGUAUGCACACGUGUGCACAUGUACAUGUAUGCAUGCACAUACAAGCCCACACAAACAUAUACAGCAACUUUCAAGCUUU